GGAAACGGAUGCUCCUCAGGAUUUCUCUUAUGAGGAUAAUUCCUCAUUGAGCGAUUGAGUAUGCAGAUGCUUAACAGCGGCGUUUUAGUGAGACUUCUGUUAAUUUAUUUGGAAACGUCGUACGCUGUCGAUCCCUCACAAUGUAUUGCUCCUUUGGGGAUGGAAAAUGGUGUUAUUAAAGACUCCGACAUAACAGCCAGUUCUUCCUUUGACAGCGGCAACGUUGGACCCCAGAAUGGCAGGAUCCGGACUGAUAAAAAUGGUGGAGCUUGGUGUCCCCUGAAGCAAGCAACGACAGAGCCGGAGGAAUGGAUCCAGCUCGACCUGCGCACCGUGCGCAUGAUCACAGCGACGGAAACGCAAGGCCGCUUCGGAAACGGCCAAGGGAUUGAGUACGCAGAGGCCUACAUGCUAGAGUACUGGAGGCCGAGGCUGCAGAAGUGGAUUCGCUACCACAACAGCAAAGGCGAAGAGGUCAUCCCCGGAAACGUUAAUCCUUAUCUGGAGGCGAAACGUGAAUUAGAUCCACCAAUAUGGGCCAGUAAAAUCAGGUUCUACCCCUACAGCUAUCAUAAAAGGACCGUGUGUAUGCGAGUGGAGCUCUACGGCUGCCAAUGGACCGACGGCAUCAUUAGUUACUCAAUGCCGCAAGGGGAUAAAAGAGGGAAUAAUUGGGAAUUUUACGAUUUCAGAUAUGAUGGCGAAUGGGAUGGCAACAAUCUAAGAGAAGGUCUUGGUCAGCUUACCGAUGGCAAGUUUGGCCACGAUGACUUCAAAACCGACUUCUACGACGGGCAGACGUGGGUCGGGUGGAAGAACGAAACCAGACACAACAAGCCCGUCGAAAUAGUAGCUGAAUUUGAUAGAGUUAGGGAAUUUUCCGCUGUACAUAUUUAUUGCAAUAACCAGUUUACCAAAGAAGUUCAGGUAUUUUCUAUGGCCAAAGUUGUUUUUAGCAUAGGAGGCAAACACUUCGGCAGAGGUGAGCCCAUCACGUACGAAUACAUCGAAGACCGAAUAUUCGAAAACUCCAGAAACGUAUCCAUAAAACUGCACCAUCGAGUCGGCAGAUUCGUCAAACUGCGCCUAUAUUUCGCAUCAAAAUGGAUUUUAAUUAGUGAGAUUUCUUUUGAUUCUGUUGUCGCCCACGGAAACUACAGCGUCGAGCCUGAGCCCAGCACAGCAAAACCGGAAGUGGAUCUGCCUGAUGACGACAAACACGAUCACAAAAUUGAAAUUCCGGUCCCCAAUGAAAUCAAUGAACCGACGAUAAUAGCUAUUAUACUGAUAGGCCUAAUCCUGGCAAUACUCAUUAUCGGAGCUUUCGUGUUGCUCAUAUAUAGAUUUAGAAACAGGAAAUUCUUUCGAAGUCCUAAUUCGUCUAACAUCGGCUUUCCCAACAAUACGAUACCUCACCUUCAGCCAGAAUCAGUGUAUGGUAAGUGUCUGAGUGAAAAAGGUAGCUCCAUCGAAGCUUACGGAGUAACAGAAAUCGACGACUAUCGAAUGAGUCACGGAACAAUGAAGUCUAGUCUUAGAUCAACCCUUCCAUUACCUCACCCUGGCAAUAUAUCCGAAAGCAACGAAUAUCAAGAACCAUAUCAAGCGAUGAAAUUUGCUCCUUACUACAGCUAUAGUCCUGUAGUCAUGGAAAUGCAGAAUACCAUCCAGGGUACGAUGAAGAAGUACCCUAUUGCAGCAGAUAACUAUGACUAUGUCAUCCCAGAAGGAAGCAAUUUACCGUUGCUCUCAGAGUCCGAGCAGAACACUUUACCUGUUUCAAGAAGCAGGCUCAACAGUGUAACAUCGAAGGGGCCACGAAUGUCCAUAAAAAGUACCCAUAAUGAUGAUAGAGGAAGACAGUCUCCAACCCAACAAGAAGCUAUUACAGCAUUAAGAAAAAGAUUGGAUGGUACUACAAUUAUGGAAUUCCCUAGGCAUCGACUUAGAAUGUUGUCCAAAUUGUCUGAAGGGGCUUUUGGAACGGUUUAUAUCGCUGAAGCAGACGGAAUAAACGAAUUCUCUUCAAACAUGUCUACUGAAACCAGAUUAGUAGCUAUCAAGUUUUUAGGAGAAACAGCUACGGAUAAGGAAAGGAAAGACUUCUACCGUGAUGUCCGAAUACUAGCAGCCUUAGAAGACCCGAACAUAGCUAGAGUUCUCGGCGUCUGCAGCCAAGACGAACCACUGUGCGUGAUAAUGGAGUACCUCGACCACGGAGACCUCUGCCAGUUCUUAAGGACGCACGUAGCAGCCUCCAACACGUCCACCUUACCGUACGGACUUAAGUCGCUGUCAUUCGACUGCCUUCUCUACAUGGGAGUGCAAGUCGCCUCCGGGAUGCACUAUUUAGAAACUUUAAAUUUCGUCCACAGAGACCUGGCGACGAGGAAUUGUUUGAUAGGAAAGGGUUACCAGAUUAAAAUUUGUGACUUCGGUACAUACAACGAACUCUAUAUUAGUGAUUAUUAUAAGGUUGACGGCAAUACGCCGUUGCCGAUUAGAUGGAUGGCUUGGGAAAGUGUUUAUCAGACUAGGUACACAACGAAAAGUGACGUUUGGGCAUUCGCCGUGACGCUCUGGGAAAUCCUGACGCUCUGCCGCCGCCAACCGUACGAGUUCCUCACCGACCCCGAGGUGAUGGAAAACCUGGCACGCUUACACUGUGAUGAUGGCCAAUUCAAAUACCUACCUCGUCCUACCACCCAUAAGGACAUCUACGACCUAAUGUUGGAGUGUUGGAGGAGGAAAGACACGGAUAGGCCUACGUUUAGAGAGAUACACUUAUUCUUGCAAAGAAAAAAUUUAGGAUACGCUCCUACAUAGUACUUAGAAAGACUGGUUAGACGAUAAAAGGGAACAAUGUUGUAAAUAGAACACAGGGUGAUAAACUAUACUGUACUUUAUUAUUUAUAGAUACGUCUAAUGUUUAUUUUAGAUGAAAGAUCAUAUAGAUAUAUGAUGUAGAGAUAUUUACCUACGAUUAAGUCAGUCCGGAACUUGCUUUAAGAAAUAUACGUACCAUUAGAACCCAAGAAACUCAAGAAGUAUCCAAAACAAAGCCAACUUCAGUCUAGAGUUUUGUCGAAUUGUUCCAUUAGCACAUAGAUAAAAUAUGUUUUAUGAAAUUCUCCCCAAAUAUUUUUGUGACGUGGCUACCAUAGUAACCACUAGCUCUUCUGAUAAGUAAAAUAGUGUUUGGUGGUUUGGAUGAUUGCCACUUGUGGAUCUGUUCAUAGUAUAAAAAAACAAGCAAAUGGAAUUGUAUUAAGUUUAUUUGGACGUUUACAAAAAAAUUGUUUUGCAAUAACACAAAUGAACUUAGAUUUAAUCAUAUUAAUUUAAAUUUUUAACUUAACUUAAAGUUAAUUUUUAAUAAUCUAAAAUUUAUUCAUUUAGAUUGAAUUGUGAGAAACUGUCAAACGUAAUUCAACAUCGCACAUUUCAGAGGAUAUUUUAAGACGUUUUACGUUUUUUUCUACUUUUUUCAAUAUCGUUUAGUUAUUAUCAUUAAAAUAUUCCCGGAACUUCUUGAAAGUCCAUAUUAUUGUAACCCAAGCUUAAAAAAGUAUACCUAAUAAAUUUCCUCAAAAAAUUUCCUCAUUUUUCUUUUAAAUUGUCUUUUCUUUUAAUAUUAUAUUUUAACGUCACACGUCACCUUACUUCGAAUGUCUUUUAGGCGACCUCCUGAUCCAGGCAUUUUUUCCAAAUUUUAAAACAAUAAUUUUCAAUAAAUUUCAGUAAUAUAAUUACUUUAAAAGUUUUAGAAACCAACUGUCGAGUUGCAGCUGCACAGGUCAGGCAUCGCACGCGUUGUCGUAUACAAACGAAUUUUAUUUAGCUCAGGUAGGUGCCGUUAUAAAUACAGCCGUACCUUCGGUUCUAUUUCGAAUUUCUUAAUGACAUUCUAGGACAUUAUUUGUAUGGUACCAAGGAGAAUUAGUAAAAAAACAAAAAUCUAUUUUUUUUUAAUUCAAUAGGUAAAAAAGGAAAGUAAUUUGAAAAUAAUGAGGUUUAUUUGAUUUAAAUUAGUAUGUUUCUUGAGCAAGUUUGGUCUGACUUAUAUUAGAUAUUUACAAACAAUUGUGUUCAUUGAAAAUAUUCACAUUUUCAAAGACUCUAAUAUAAAAAUGGUUAUUGUUACGACAAUAAUUGCUGGUGUGGACAUUUUUAAUGCAAUAAAGACUGUUCGAGGUUAAUGCAGGAAAAAUUGGUUCAUGUGUGAUAUAUUUUUUGAAUUUUUGUCGUUUAUAAAGUUACCUUUUAUAAAUUCAACAUUAUCUCCUUGAUUCAGGCAUAAAUAAAAUAUAUUUUUUGCCAGGUGGUUACUACAGUAGCCACUGACUGAAGUAAAUCAUCUCAUGAUUGGUGGUUUGAAUUAUUGCCACUUUACGGUUACCUAUACUGGGUUGGGAUAAAAUAUGGAACCAAGCAAAUAUCUUUGAAACUAAAAGAACAAUAUUUAUGAAACUUUGGCAUGCAAGUACUGUGACGCAAAAGGCACCUGUUGCCAUAUUUUUUAUUACUACUCCACUUCCGGUUUCACCGGAAAUGCCCUUAACUUAUUUAAUUUAAAUGGGACACCCUGUAUAUUUUGCGGAUUUUAAAAGAACUUGUUUUUUAAUUCAUACAUACUAAACUAAAUUUGGUAGAAAAAAUUUGGUAAAAAGUGUCUGUAGAUAAUUUUUUGUAUUAAUAAAACGUAAUAGGAAAUAAACGAGUACCAGCUAUACUGUAGACUAAAAUUGUUGUUUACGUGCACUGCAUGACUUAUUUGAAUUUAGUAUAGUAGGUAAAACUGUUACUGAACCAAUUGACAGAAAUAAAUUGUGCUAAAAAUGGUUCAUUUAAGGCUAUGGGUACAUAAUUCGCAAAUAUUUUACGUGAAUCCCUACUUUUUCUGUCUUUACACGGCAAAUGACGUGUAGUAAAAUUCACAUUGGUAUGGAUAUGUAAACAUUACUAGAAUGUCAUUCUACUUGAAAAUGUCAUCAUUAAUUUAAAGAGAUGGCUUUUGAAUGUUCUUGGAUAACUGUUAUUUUUAUAAUUGCAAAUUAUUAAUUCAGUUAAUAAAUGUGAUAAUUUUUUCACUAACUAUGUAUUCAGUGAUUGUAAUAAUUUAUUUGUACAACAAAAACUAAUACUCAAUCGAGAAAAGAGGAAAAGUGUUAAAGUGAUUUUUUAAUAAUAUAUUGAAAUGGAACGCUUACAAUUUUGAACAUCUUUAACAACAAAAUACUUGGAUCACAGAAUAUAUAUUAUCCUGAUGUAUUCUCUGCUUGGAUCUUCCACAAAUAAUACACAAUAAAUAACUUUUUAUUAAGUUCACGUCUUAAAUAAAUUAUUUAUCAAUAAUAUUUAAUCAAUAACUCAACAUAUUCCCGAUGCAAUGUCAAAUAUUUAGAAUUGUCACUGAUUGUCAGUGUCUGACUGACAAUAUAUGCUGACAAUAUUAUAUUCGGCUGAGUGCGUUGUAAGACAAAGAUAGAUUUGGAAAAUAUUACCACGGCAUUAUGUUUAUUUUUUUCAAAUCCUGAAAAAACCAAUAAAUAUUUUUGAAAAAUUUAAACGCAGAAUGAAAGACUAAAUUAUUACCGAGGGCCGAAAGUCCCUUAGAAUAAAUAAAAAGUUUAUUUUGAAUGAGAUAUUUGAAAUUAAAAAUCACACUAACUUUUCUCUUAGUUUUUCAUCCCUGUAACUUAUUAAAAUAAACAUUAUAGAAGUUCUCAGGGACUUUCGGCCCUCGCUAAUAACGUAAUCUUUUAUUCUGCGUUUAAAUUUUUCAAAAAUAUUUAUUAGUUUUCUCAGGAUUUGAAAAAAAUGAAUCCCCACUUGAAUAGCAUUGCAGCCGGAAAUACGUUCCGAUCCUCUUACGUGAAAAACAUCGUAUUGAAAUAUUAAUGAUAAUCGGUUAUGGUGAAUUUUCAUUUUUUGGAAGUGAAUUUUCCAAAUCGAUGGAUUGGACGUAGAGGAUUCAUACAGUGGCCCGUUCGUUCUCCGGACCUCAACCCGUUAGAUUUUUUUCUUUGGGGUUAUCACGUGUUUAUGUUAGGCGACCAACAUGCUUGCAGGAUUUUAGACAUUGAUGAAUGUGAACUAAUACGUGGAGAAAUCUUGAAAAAAGUGACUCACGAAUUUAUUUAUAGGCUUGCACGUUGUCAGGAGGUGAACAGCAAACAUUUUCAACAUUUAAAAUUAUUUUUUUUUAUUUUUAAUAUCAUUGGUCUAACGUAAAUAAAUCAACCUAUUUUUUAACUGUAAAUAGAUUUAUUUCUUGUUUUAAUAGUUUUUCUUCCAAACUUGGUACCUAUUUAUGAAUUAAAAAUAAAUAGUUCUUUUAAAAUCUGCAAAAAUAUACAGGGUGUCCCCUUUAAAGUAAAUAAUUUAAGGGUAUUUCCGGUGAAACCGGAAGUGGAGUAGUAACAAAAAAUAUGUCAUCAGAUUCCUUUUGCAUCACUGUACGUGCAUGCAAAGUUUCAUAAAUAUUGUUCUUUUCGUUUCAAAGAUAUUUGCUUGGUUCCAUACUUUAUCCCAACUCUGUAUAAUGUGUUUGUCCGCAAACAAUUUCGUUUAUCUAUCUCCUGUGCUUUUUUAUUAAGAUUUGGAGAUCUAUUCUCCAAAGUAUGUUUUCUGUAUUUUUUAUAUUAAUACCUAAAAUAUAACCCAAAAUAACAUUAUGACCAGUUUUGAUAAUUUUUUCAUUAAAAUUACUGAAAAUAUUCAAAGAUACUUACAUUUUAGACUUCUGUUUAUUUUAAUCAUACCUACAACGUGUUUUUAGCACGAUCAUCACUAUGGAAUUGAUUUUUCUUAAGUGAUAACUAUUGUUCAUUGGACAAUUUCAAUAUCACAAAGAAAUAAUACUAUAUGUAUAAAUAUAUGUUAUUUACAAAAUGAAAUGUCGCAUAAUGAAAUCACCUGGUCAAAUAAAUAUACUUCUCCGACUACUACGUGUCCUUAAUUAAAUGAAAUGUUUACAUGAUUUAACAGACUCCCUUUGUCGCGUAAAUUGACUCUUCCAACUUAUGUCGUGACGAUUUUCUAGGCGUUUUACUAUAGAGAAAAAUUAAUACAACGCCGAUAUAAAAGCUUUGCUUCAUUAAAUCUAAAUAUUAGAUCUGAAAAAGCAAAAAUUUCCAAUGAACACAAUCUUUUGUUACCUUGUAGAAAUUUUGGAACACUUCCCGUUACAUGAGAAUGUAUUUAUACGUGCAAUAUACUUAGAUAUCUAUAGCUGUUACGUGGUGAGAAUGAUGACAUAAACAAACGGCAAUACACACCACCAGACUUUUUCAACCAUUAAUAUUAGUAACAAGUGAGGUAUAGUUGCCAUCUAAUUAUUGCAGUAAAACCUACUCUUAAGCUUAUUACAAAGUCAUUUGUAUGUAAGUGGUGUGGUUAAGUUUCCUGCCCAGGUAGAAAGUAAUAUAUGUUAAUCUGUGGUACGUUUAAUUAUUAUAUCUGCUAUUCAGUAUGUUUAUCUCUCGAAACUUAAUGACAUCACUCAAAUACAAAUAAAUUUUUAAUACGAUUAAGAUACGGGAUUUUGCAAUAAUUUAUUGGCAACUAUGACAUAGAUUUUACUCUAUUAGUUAUUUCGAUACUAUGAACCCCGUUUUGAAUCGAACUUUGACAUUUCAUAUCUCAAAAUUUUAUACCACUGUAGCAAUUAACGAAUGGUAGAGUUACCGUUUGUGAAUCCGUUUUCUUCUACAUUUAGAAGGAGAUAGCAAACUCUAACAAGUCUCAGAAGUAAGAUCAUUUAGAUAAGUAAGAGUAAUUAACAUAUUUAUAUAAAAGCCAAAGACUGUUUGAUUUGUUUUUGUUUGGAAAUUUGUACAGCUGUUUAAAAAGAUAACUUAGACGUUUUAUUUUUGAGAAUCAGAUACUGGACAUAAACAAAAUUGGAAAUGGAUGAAUGCUCGAAUAUAUGAAAUUUACGGAAAUAAAAGGCAGAUAUCGAGCACUGAGUUUAUUUAAUGUUGCCCAACUAUGAGACAAGAUUAAAUGGGCAAGAUUAAAUAAACUCAGUGCUCGAUAUCUGCCUUUUAUUUCCGUAAAUUUCAUAAACAAAAUUGUUCGUAAAAAUGAAAAAAAUCCUAGCAGUAAAGGAUUUUCUGUUUAAUGUUAUAAACUUACGUGCAUAGAAAUCGGCCCACUUAAAAGUUUGGUCAUUUUUAAUGUCUAGUAAUUCCUAAACCUGAUGGCCGAUUUAAGUGAUUUUUUUAAUAUGUUAUAGCCUGAUUCUUGAAGAAUACCGAUGUAAUAAUAUUGUUGCUAAACAGGUAAAUUUUCAUUGUAUGUCGGGUGUACGAAUGAAACUGUGUUUUUUUCUCAAAGUUCGCAUCACCCUGUGGAAUAUUCUAGCAUUUAUAAAAUACUGAAAUUAAAACCCAACUAUAGCCUCAGGUUUUCUUAACAUUCUGUUUUUUUAUUCAUUCGUUUAUGUUGGAUAGUAAAAAAGUUAGGUACUUUAACAACUAGACAUGUUCUUCAUCAAUACACGGUGUUUCUAAAUAAGUGCGACAAACUUUAAGGGGUAAUUCUGCAUGAAAAAAUGAUGACAGUUUGCUUUAUAAACGUAUGUUUUCAAAUGUUUCGUUUCUGAGAUACGGGAUGUUAAAUUUUUUCUUACAAACUGACGAUUUAUUUAUUGCUCUAAAACCAGUUAAGAUAGGCAAAUGGAAUUUGGUA